CAAAUGUCCGCCCAUCAGUCAAAAUCAAGUUUCUCGGAAAAAUCGACGCCAAUGGCCUUCAGAGACACCGUGAAAAGGGCGGAGCAGCUGGUGGAGACGUCGAUGAAAGGGAACGACGCCUCCCAUGAUGCCUCGCACGUGUGGAGGGUCAGAGACCUUGCCCUCUCCCUCGCACGAGAGGAAGGCCUCUCCUCCAACCCUGACUCCAUGGAAAUCGUGGAGCUAGCUGCACUUCUUCAUGAUGUAGGUGAUUACAAAUACUUGAGGGAUCCGUCUGAGGAGAAGCUAGUUGAGAAUUUUCUAGAGGAAGAAGGCAUAGCUGAGAGCAAAAAGAUGAAAAUAUUAAGCAUCAUAAAGGGAAUGGGUUUUAAAGAUGAACUUACUGGUGUGGGAAACCAGGAAUUUCCCCCUGAAUUUGGGGUUGUGCAAGAUGCUGAUCGUCUCGAUGCAAUUGGUGCCAUAGGAAUCGCUCGCUGCUUUACAUUUGGUGGAAACAGAAACAGAGUGCUUCACGAUCCUGCUAUCCAGCCACGAUUGGACUUAUCCAAGGAACAUUACAUGAAGAAAGAGGAGCAGACUACUGUGAACCAUUUCCAUGAGAAGCUUCUUAAGUUAAAGGAUUUGAUGAAAACUAAGGCUGGGCUAAGGAGGGCCGAGAAAAGGCAUAAGGUCAUGGAGGAAUUCCUUAAACAGUUUUACGCAGAGUGGGAUGGGAAGGCCUGAAAUGAGGUGAUUUUCCUUCACCUAGAUAUAUACUAAGCAAUCACCUUACAAACUCUGGUUCUGAUAAUGAAACAAUGUUUUGUUGGGAAUAAUUUCAAUUUUCAAAUGGAGAUACUGUUGAGGACAUGUUGUUGGCUAAGUUACUUCUGCGUACUAUUUCCGUAUUUUCUACGAUCUAUACCUGGACUAAGAUUUGUGUUACUAUGUCUAUUAUGACAAGUCUCAUGUUUCUAUAGAAUAUGUAUCAUAACUCUGCACUGUGCUUUGUUAUGAUUAAGAUUUAAGUUGGAUUACAGCA